GCAUGUUCUUCACAAGACAUCGAAAAAAGAGUGAGGGGUCAUUGUGUGGGUCUAUUUGGUAGGUGAAGGUCUUGAACUCCGUUAUCAAAUCUUUCAUCGUAGCUAUUGCCUCUGAAACGGUGGCUCUCACCUGUUUCUCGUACAAGCCAAUAGUCCUUCAUCAUGGAGGUCUCCGAUAACGAAGACAAUGCCCUUGAUCAGGUUGAAAAUGAGGACGAUGAUCCUCUCCUCUCAUUGGAAGCACCUCUUUUCAUUAGCGGUGAUGACGAAGAAACAUUCCAUGCAAAGAACAAAAGCAUGACUGAUUGGCAGCGACGCAUUGUCAUAGAGCGCCUCACCAAAGCUACUGCGAUUCAAUGCUUUCUCCUCGAUGUCAUACAUGGAAAGUUGAAUCCGACUGCCCGAUCGCCUUCGGCUACCCUAAUGGUAUUCAAGUUCCGGCUGGAGCCAAUCAAGCAUCGUCGACGGCUUGUUCGUGCUCGGAUAGAUAUUGAGUUUUUUCCUAAGGAUCCCAGGGAUACAGCUCCUACAGUUCUAGCCAUUGGACUCGACGAUCGUUGGAGGAUCAGUCCCACGGUAGAUCAUGAAGAGAUCACAAAAGCCGGAAAGAUAAAUCUUGGUCUCUCAGGAGGUUCUGUUGCGCAAGCUGGCGGGGAGGCAUCUCUGGAGAAAAUCAGGGGUCGUGACAUUCGUGACGCCACCACCGUCACUGGAGGAACGCACUUUGGCGAGGGUAUUGAUGCCGGUGACCAUACUGCCUGUGGCUGGACUUUACUGGAGAACAAGACACAAAGCACGGGUCUCCCUUAUUCACUCACCGUACCAGUCCUCAUUCAACGCGAUAACGACAAACAAUUCAACGCCGUUGUGAGUUUGUCAGUCAAGGGCAACACAAGAACUACUGUGGAUUGGAUGUUUAACAAGAUCCCUAUUGAUGAUCCGGUGCUUUUUAAUCCUGCAGUCGAUCGGCUAAGUGAAGCCCCAGUGAAGAAAGACAAAAACACAAAGGGGAAGGGUAAUAAGAAGAAAGCAGUGAAGCCAUUGGUUCAGAAGUAUAGAAAGCAAGAGCUUGGAAAAUGGCAGGAAGAAAUGAAUAAUUUGACCAAAGUCAUCUUAAGCACGACGCUUGAAGGGGGCGAGAGAUAGAUAUGAUAUAUUGGUCAGUUUGUCUAGGGCCGCUGUUGUUGAAUGUUCUAAGAUGCCUUAAUGAAAUUAAUGGACUCAGCUCGGCAACUUCAAAGAAUGAUUAAGUAGGGAAAUGAAGAUUUGGAACAACGGUGGUCAGUAUGCAUAAUUAUUCAACUCAAUAAGCGGUUACAUAUGUAGCGGAAUUUUUGACACUAGGAUUUGGAAUUUAUGAAGCAGAAUAUAUUGCCUUUCAAUCCUAACGUACAAUUAUUAAUAAAUUUCGUCGAUUGAUUGGUGGGCGCUCGGACGCCCAUUUAUACUUGAG